AUGUCAGAAGUGCGCAAAGAAGAGUCUGCCAUGUCCAGGCUAUGGUCCACACGUCUGAACAACUCAAACACGGUUAGUACUUCCAGGGCUUCAACAUCUGCAGAACAAAACAACCCCGUCAGCAGCGACACGACCAUCCUCAAGCCUCCUUUGGCGAUCGUUUCUUUGAAUACCCUGGUUCCAGAUCUACCGGACGAGAAUACAAUAAAUCGAUUACUCGACCAUUAUGACAAGAAUAUUGCAGGUCUCAUGGUAUGGAUCGACUCCGACAAGAAUGAAUACCGACGCUUGGUGCUUCCCCUGGCUCAGCGGCAACCUGUGCUUCUUUUGGCAAUCCUGGCGAUAUCGUCUCAACACUUGGCUGUGACUCGGAACGAAGAGUCAAACUUCUCGGGGCAUGCUCGUGACGCAGCUGUGUCAAUGAUCUCGGGCCAAAUCCGGCAAGUCACCGGUAGAUUGGCUGCAGGCCACGACCUUGGUAGCGAGAUAGAUGCCGACACUGCAGAAUGGAUGCUUGCCUCAAUGCUGACUUUGGCGUCCUAUGAAAUGGCCGAAUCGGAGGCAGGAGGUAAUGCAGCAGAUUCGCAUAGGCAAGCUGCACGCACUUUGGUCAACGCUCUUGCCACGACGAACCGCCAGAAUAACAGGUUGUUUCGCUUUCUCCGCAAUCAACUCUCUAUAUAUGACAUUUUAGCAUGCACGACUUCUCUUGAUCCCGCGAGCAGAAACGACAUCAUACUUCCCGAAGUCAAUCCCGCAACAAUCAUCUUUUCCGACUUCCUGUAUCUCCUCCACGAUGUCACAGCAUCCUCAUGGAGAUCAUCCGAAGCUCCAAAUCAUCAAGGCAUAAUAUCGUCACCCAAGCUAGCUCGCUCGUUGUUUGCACUCGCCCGUGGAUCUACCUUGAUGCUAGCUGGAGCACUAGAAUUGCCGAUGAACGAAAAACAGCGCGACUUCAUUCGACUGGUUGAUAUAUAUCAUCACGCCGGUCUGCUAUACACUUAUCGCUUGCUGUUCAAGAACGUCGUUACCUCGACAGAGGUGGAAGCCUCAGCUAUGUCGUUAUUUGAGCCGUUGAAUCAACUCGAGGAUAUUCAUUCAUGCAUGCAGAAUCUGCCAUGGCCAGCCUUGAUUGCGGGCACAGAGUGUCGUGGGGACCCCAUGCGUCAAUUGUUUAUCGAAAACCUGUAUGGGAAAAUAGCACGAGAUAUGGGAUUCAAACAUUACAUUGAGGUUUUGCACUUUUUACAAGUCUUCUGGUCCAAAGCAGAUACUGAUUGGCUUGAUCUGGCCAACCAAUAUCGUCUUGAAGGGCGGGGAAUAGUUGCUGUUUGA